AUGGCGGAGGUGGAGGAAACACUCAAGAGACUUCAGAGCCAGAAAGGAGUGCAGGGAAUCAUCGUGGUGAACACUGAAGGCAUUCCCAUCAAGAGCACCAUGGACAACCCUACUACUACACAAUAUGCCAACCUCAUGCACAACUUCAUCUUGAAGGCACAGAGCACUGUGCAUGAAAUUGACCCCCAGAAUGACCUAACCUUCCUUCGAAUUUGCUCCAAGAAAAAUGAAAUUAUGGUUGCACCAGAUAAAGACUAUUUCCUGAUUGUGAUCCAGAAUCCAACCGAAUAAACCACCAUCUCGGCUUCCUAUGUCAUUCCUUAAUUUAAUGUCCCCCAGAAUAAGUGUUAAUCAUGUCAGUGGGCAUAUGGUGGUUGCCUGAGAGCCCAUGUAGACCAUGCCAUUGAUCAAAGGUAGCUCUGCCCACCCCAACAAGGAAUGUCUCUGGCAUCCAGUCAGUUCCUGGGAAUGCUUGGAUCUCAUUUCCAGGCUUCGGGAGUAAGAGCUUAUGAUAAGCCCACACCCAGCUUCCUUCUGACCUUCAGUUCACUUUGUCACCUUUGGAAAG